AUGAAACUAUUUCAUUUUUCCUUACUAGUUUUGAUUCUUGCACGAACCACCGCCACUAGAAGCGGUGGUGCUGAUGUUAACGCACAUACUUCCCUUUUACCUGACGCAGUUUCUCUCCUCUCCUUCAAGUCCAAAGCUGACCUUGAUAAUAAGCUUCUCUACACCAUUAACGAACGGCUUGAUUACUGUACAUGGCAAGGCGUCAAAUGUGCUCAAGGUCGUGUAGUACGCUACAUUGUACAGGGUUUUGGCCUCCGAGGCACCUUCCCCGCCGCCACCCUCACUCGUCUCGACCAGCUCCGAGUUCUGAGUCUCAAAAACAACUCGUUAACGGGCCUCCUCCCGGAUUUUUCCUCGUUCACCAACCUGAAAACUCUGUUUCUUGAUAAUAACUAUUUUUCAGGAACAUUUCCUCUCUCCCUUUUGUCCCUCCACCGGCUAUUGAUUCUUGAUUUGUCUCACAACAAUUUCACCGGUUUGCUGCCGGAAACCCUGACGGUUUUAGACCGCUUGAGUUAUCUCCGCCUCGAUUCCAACCGGUUUUAUGGGUCCAUUCCUCCACUGAAUCAAACUAUGUUAGAGGUCUUUAAUGUCUCGAGUAAUAACCUCACCGGUCCUAUACCAGUUACCCCCACUCUCAAAAAGUUCAAGAUAAUUUCAUUUUCAAACAAUCCCAAUCUCUGCGGCGAGAAUAUUAACAAGCCAUGCUCCGGUUCGCCGUUCUUUAACGUUACUUCAGGCGGUGGCGCCGCCACAGAUUUUUCCCCGCCGCCUUCACCGCUACUUCAGAAUGCUCAGUCACAGCAAGGAUUAAAUGCCCUUUCGCCUUCGUCUCGAAGGAAUCAUCACAAUAAAGUUGGAGUAGUUUUAGGCUUUGUUACUGGAGCGUUGAUUCUAACAGCAGCAGUUUUGUGCCUCUUUGCUCUAAUAAAAAAGCGGAAAGAAGAGAAAAAAGAAAUUGAAGCAAAAGCAAAAGAAGAAGAAUAUUAUUUUGCUGAUGCAACUGCAGAUAAUAAAGGUCAAAGAGACACAAAUUCGUUUUCACUUCAAGAUGAAAGUGCAAAUGCUGAAAGUGAAAUAAAGAAGAUGAAAAGUCCAGAGAAACCACGAGUAAUGAAAAGUGGGAGCUUGAUGUUUUGUUCUGGGGAAAAAGAAUCAUACAGUUUGGAACAAUUAAUGAGCGCAUCAGCCGAAUUGCUUGGGAGGGGAACGAUUGGAACGACGUAUAAAGCCUCAAUGGGGACUAAUUUGGUAGUAUCUGUAAAGAGAUUGGAUGCAUGUAAGACUGCCAUUACAAGUGCCGAAGCAUUUGAGCAGCAGAUGGAGGCUGUUGGCGUAUUGAGGCAUCCUAAUUUGGUUCCUAUUAGAGCUUAUUUUCAGGCUAAACAAGAAAGAUUGAUCAUUUUCGAUUAUCAGCCCAACGGCAGCCUCUUCAAACUCAUUCAUGGUUCAAGAUCAAAUCAUGCAAAGCCUCUUCACUGGACAUCCUGUUUGAAGAUAGCAGAAGAUGUAGCUCAGGGCCUAGCCUACAUCCACCAUGCAUCCAAGUUUGUUCAUGGAAAUCUAAAAUCAACAAAUGUUUUGCUGGGAUCCGAUUUUGAGGCUUGCCUCACAGACUAUUGCCUCGUCACUCUUGCAGAUAUGUCCUCAGACGAUGAUCCUGAUUCUGCAGUCUGUAAGGCCCCUGAAAUUCGCAAAUCUACACGUCAAGCCACCACCAAGUCUGACGUGUAUGCUUUUGGCAUCCUCUUACUAGAACUUUUGACUGGAAAACCACCGGCCCAGCAUCCAUUCCUUGCCCCUCCUGAUAUGCCAGAUUGGGUUAGAGCAAUGAGGGAAGAUGAUACCGAAGUGGAUACUCGACUCAGAAUGCUAGUCGAGGUGGCUAGCAUCUGUUGCUUGGCUUCGCCUGAGCAAAGGCCAACAAUGUGGCAAGUGUUGAAGAUGAUUACAAAUAUAAAGGAGAUAAUGGAUGAUACCACAAGGGAUUCAUAG